UCAAGACGACGCAUUCGGUCUCAUGAUGACAUCGACGUAUCUUUCAUACCCUCUCGUGACACGAGGCCACCUCUCGGGGUAAUCAAUCGGCUGAGAUGAGGCUGGACUGCUGGAGUGUAUGUACUCCAUACAGCGACCACGAGAGAAGGACAAAAAAGGAACUCUGUGUAAUGAUGAAUCAGAGUGACUAUUCGCAUUAUUUGCCACAGUGCAGAAUGAGCCCAAUAAGGAACUACCUUUCUCGAGGACAUCAACCGCUAGGGGUGAUUCGAGUCACGGGUUUACCAAAUCAGGAAGCCAUGAAGCCCUAGCUGACGGCCAUGGACACGAUCGCAACUGCCUCUCAAGUAGCCAGAAAGACUUCCCUCGCACUCUAAGAAUGUAUCUCGGUCUAUUUCUGGGCUUCCAGGCGCCCUGUCAUCGGUCAUCUUGGGACUCGCUAUAGUCAGCGCCAGCCUGGCGAGUGCAUCCAACUCGAAUCCUCUUCUGGAUGUCUCGGAAAAGCCUCGCCGUAAGAAGGAUCCCCGAGCAUGCGACUGUUUCACCGUGACUGGUCCAGAUCCGGGGUAUUUCCAACACUAUAAGCUCUGGGACUUUCGCUCCGUUCCAUUGGCCAGGCAGGCUCAUACGGGCAUCUUGAAUUCACAGGACGAUGAACAAGAGCAUUUGGCAGACUGGGAUGAGCAAGACCAUGAAGGAGACGAUGCCGAUGGGAACGAACAUGGCCACGACGGUGACCAGGAUGAGAACAACGACGCUCACACUACAGGAGAACCCGAUACUCUCUGGUUCUUCGAAACCGCCUUCGACAAGGACUGGAUCAGCCAGAGAUGGCAGCGCCCUCGCACUGAAAACGCUCCAAUUCCCAUGAUCAACUCCAAACUCAACGUCUUCUUCACCAGGAACCGGCAAGAGCUGGACGACAUCGUGACAUACCUGGUCCUCCGCACUACCCGUCACUGGAACUACACGUCGACCGCCGAAAUCGAAACCAAAGGCCGCAAUAUUUUCCACUGCUCGCUUCGCGUCCGACUUCGCAUUCUACCGCACAACUUGGUCCUCUCCCAGCCUGAAAACUCUCCGGUGUGGGACAACCAAAGCACUGUGCCGAACACAACUGCCAGUCCGGCAGAGUCCAAACCACACCCCGGUGCCUGCGUCGGCAUUUUCACGUAUCGCGCCCACAACUGCGAAUCGGACAUUGAAAUCCUAACAAAGGACCCUCCGUACCGAGUACACUACGCCAACCAACCGGAUUACGAUUGGAUCAAAGACGCAAUGAUCCCUGGCGCAAGCACGAUCGUGGAUCUCCCCGUGCACUGGACGACGUGGUCGACCCAUCGUCUCGACUGGCUGCCGAAUAUCUCUCGUUGGUGGUUGAACAAUAAACUCCAAGACGCCAAAACAUAUCGCGUGCCUGAUCAACCAAGCAGACUGGUGAUUAAUCUGUGGAGCGACGGCGGCGUGUGGACCGGUGAUAUGCGAGUCGGCGAAAGUGUUUUUAUGGCCAUUGAAUAUAUCGAGCUGGCAUACAACGUCUCUUCCGGUGGUUCGCGGGGCUUCGAAAUCCCCCCAUCCGAACGACACGGCGGACAUCAAAUUCCCUCGGGAAACAUCGCCCCAUCCGACGUCGACAGCUGGCCAGAUGAAUCUUGGGAACCAGGAGCGGAAAUCAUCGAUGGGUCUUCAAUGAAAAAAUGCAAAAAGGGUCGCAAAGGACGGAAGUGCAGAAAGCGUCGCAAGAAGCAUGGGAAGAAACCUAAACGCCCUCCUCAUAGAGACCCGUCUGCGAGGUGUGAUCGUGCUUGUAACAUUGAUGACCUCCGCUUUGCGAAUGGUGGGUUGCGCGGUUGAGGGCUCCACUUAUCUUUAUGGAGUUUGUCUUGCUAGGUCUCUUGUCUGGAGAUGAGCCGCUGAGGCAUGGACGUGUAUUUUUAUAGAUCCGAAUGGAUACUUGGCUUUGCAAGACUGAUGAAUUGGUGGGUGUCGUGCUCGGCACGCGCCAACGUUAUAGAUUGUGUAAUGGCAGCGUAGUAAAGUCACUACUAUAG